CCAUGUAGUAGGCGUAUCGGGCCGACAUGAGGGGAGCAUCAUAACUGGUCGUCCUUGCUGCCAGUCAACAGUACCUGAGUUCCAAAUGGACUGACACGGUGUCAUUAACUGCGCUGAUCAGCAUGUUACUGUGCGCCGCUACUUAAAGCACAGUGAGGAGAGAAGUUGACGUAUUUCGAAUUUGAGUCGUUCGGUCGCUGCUUUGAAAGGUGUUGUUCUUAGUAUCAACAGCCUUGUGAGUAGAGGUUCCCUCAGCACUGUGACCUUAGGCCAGUUUGUAAAUAACUUUCCAAAUCUCCCGACCGACUGGGGUCUGGGACACACGGGGAGGUUUCAUUUAUGAUGUCUAGGAACAGAAGGAUGAGGGACCUAGACUCAAAUCCCUGUUUAGAGGAAACCGACGCAUCUACCAAGUGCAUGGAUGAUAAUCGCUACGAAAAGGAUUUGUGCACCCCUUACUUUGUCAAAUAUAAAAAUUGCAGAAAAUUUUGGAAUGGAAUUAUGGUAACAAGAAGAAGGGAAGGUACUGUGCCUUAUAUGCCAACUGCAGAAGAAAGAAAGCAUAUAUUGGAGUCAAUGAAAAGUCUACCAUAUUAAAUAUUCUUUGAAUAUGAACAUUUGGUUAUAUAUUAGGCUAUUGUGUAUUAGUCUGUGUUUUGCCAGUCCAUGUAUUUUUAUUUUGUGAUGUCAAAAACGGUAAAAUUUUUUAAUGUAAAAAAUGAACGUCCAAAAUCCAGUUAUUUAAUUGUGCGUCGGUCCCUAAGCUCAGGUAAGUGACAGCAGCACAGAGCAUGUGCAGAAAAUUGGCAGAUCGGGAGCUAUUGGGGCAUCUUUGGGGGGAACAGAUCUUCCCUGCUAAAGGGAUGUGGGUGCCUUGGGCUGGUACAGAAGCCCAAAACAUAAUGUACAACAUUUCUACUCUCAUUCUUUAGUUAAGCUUCAGUUCUCCUUUUUAAAUGCUUAACAAACAACCGAAUUAAAUGGCUACAUAAUAACAAAUCAAACACAUAGAAGUGAUAAGUCAGCUAUAAAACUAAAUAGAAAUAUAAAGCAAGUGUGAAGAAUUGAGUAACCUACUUUCAUAAGUUUACAGUUUGGUGUCUUGAUUUAUAAGCUAAGAAGUAUUGAGUGGAUAACUCAGUGAGGCACAUUUAUCAACAUUCUAAUUUUAUGUGUAGGGAAGUUUUUCUCUAAAACCAUGCAAAAAUGAGCAGACCUAAAGGAGAACGUGUGUGUGUUUUUUUUUUUUUUGUUUUUUUUUUUUGAACCAGACAACAGAAAGAGAUAACAAAUACUGCUUUGAAUUGUAAAUACAAAAGUCAAAAAAACAAUUAAAACAUUUUAAAUUACA